AUGUUUGAUGACAACGAGAUGAGUCGAGGAGAAGAAAACGAGGAUGAAAUAACAUCAUAUGAUCGAAACAUACUAUCCGAAAACUCGUCAGAAAAUACAUCGUGGAUCGAUUUAAACGAGGAUGCCGCUAGCAAUGAGGCCGAAAAUCAUAUUAAAAACGAGCUUUCGACUAACGAUGGCUCGAAAUCAGGCGAACAAAUUAACAAUAAUAACAAGGAGAAGAAGACAACAGUUAGACAAUAUGUCCGUUCGAAAAUGCCUAGGCUUCGGUGGACUCCCGAUCUCCAUCUCUCGUUCGUCCAUGCAAUCGAAAGACUUGGCGGCCAAGAA